AUGUCCACAUUUAACGGCCUCGUAGCCGAAUUCCCGGACAUCAGAACCUCUGCAGUCGACCACUUCCGCUCCCACUCACACCUUCGGCCACCGCUGGCAUGCUUCCUCAGUCACGUCCACAGCGACCAUCUGGCCGGGCUCGAGACCCUCCGGUCACCGUUUGUCUACUGCUCAGCCGCGACACGUGCGAUACUACUCCGGCUCGAGAGAUAUCCUUGCCGCAUUAAUUAUGCGCUGGGAAUCCUCGAGACCCGGCAGCAGACGUACAAGCAUCUCCACAAAGUCCUGAAACCCUUGCCACUAGACACUCCAACAUGCAUCGAGCUCCAGCCCGGACAUCAAAUCCAAGUGACGCUAUUGGACGCAAACCAUUGUCCUGGGUCGGUGAUGUUCCUAAUUGAAGGCGAUGGAAGAGCAAUAUUGUAUACUGGAGAUAUCCGAAGUGAGCCAUGGUUCGUCAAUUCGGUUCAGCGGAAUCCCGCCAUCCUCGAGUAUACUCUCGGCUCCAAGACUCUUGACAAGAUAUAUCUUGACACGUCAUUUAUCGACGACGUCCGGUUCCCUACCAAGGCCGAGGGCAUCGUGGAGCUCCUUGAAAAGGUCUCACGCUACCCAGAUGAUACCACGUUCCAUUUCCAAGCAUGGACCUACGGCUAUGAAGAUGUAUGGGUUGCCUUGGCGAAAAGCCUGAAAACUGCGAUCCAUGUAGAUGAUUACAAGAUGAGAAUAUACAAGUCGUUAAAGGCCAAUGGCCCAGAGAAAUCGCCAAAUGCCUUCUCUCACUUGUCACCAGAAGCACCAGCAUUAGUUGGUCACAUGUGUGGGAACUCGCCACAUCCCGGCUGCCUCGCCUCUGCUGAGAAUGUCCGAGUCCACAGUUGCGAGAAGGGAAACAUGUGCUCCACGGCGAAGGCACCUUCUGUCGUCAAAAUUCAACCCAUCAUCGCUCGCAUGCCGACCGGUGCUGAAUUGAUUGAGGCCGGGAUCGGUGGUGGGGGUGAGGAUUUGGAGCGUGAGAACGAGCUUGACGCCCUGUCUGCGGAUGAUUUGCGAAAUUUGCAAGAGAAGAUCCGCACCUUGUUCAACUUGAGUGAGAUAGAUGAAGACAAAAUGGGAGACUUUCUAAGCAAAGUUGCCUUGAGUGGGCGUACUUUGACGCUCGAUCUCCCAGCAACCACAGAGGAACAAACUUCUUUACUCACCAUCGACAACGUCAUCCAAGCAAUCGCCAAGCAGUUAUCACCUGCGACUACUGAUGUGCCAAAGACGGGGGCAGAUAUGGACCAGAGAGCCGGAACCUCUCUACCCAGAGUUAUUCGUUUUCCCUACUCUCGACAUUCAUCCUACAACGAACUUUGUCUUCUCGUGGCUGCUUUCAAACCACGGGAUGUCUGGCCUUGCACCGUUAAUAUCGACGAAUGGCUAAAAGACGAUGUGACAAUCAGGUGUCUCUUCGGAGAGUACUGCUCCGGGACAACCUAUGCUCAUGAUCUCAAGAUGGAUGUCUUGCGACAAGCCAGGCUGCCAGUAAUGAAUCACUCCAGCAAUAAGAACUCGCAGGAGACAGAUUACUCGCAUCCAAGGACGGAAUCACCACCAGCCUCUGUCAACCCGCGUCGCUCUGGAGCCCCACCACCGUCUUCGCCUGCAUUUCGCAAUGUUGAAAACUCAAGAACGAAUUGCCCAGAAUUGAAAUAUGCCACACCUAGUGUAGGGGAUGAUGUGUCUUCCACUUACUCAACCUCUACUCGUGGAACCUCUACUCGUGGUACACAUGGCGUAAAGCGUCGAUUUGAGGAAUCUAACGAGGCCGGAACUACGGAUGAGCCUGAAGACGGGCCAGACUCUCAACAGACCGACAAAUCAUUCGUAUCUACCUUGAGCGUGGGUGCUUCUUCAAUCCGGAAAGAGGCGUAUUUUCGAAUGCUCAAAGGCGAGGAAUGGGAUGGGGAUGGUCUGAUUUCAACUAACGGCGGACACACCAUGAUGGAGGAGGAGCUUGGUCAUUAG